AUGAGAGAAAUUCAACCAAAACAGUGGCUGCCCCCUUUUCCAAGCUUACGGUUCCAAGUGACAACUCUAAGGUUUUUGAAUUCAAAGAAGGAGCAAGUUUCAAAGGAUAUCCUAGAGACUUUCCGAAAAGUGCAAGUGAACAUUCCCUUGCUUGAUGCGAUCCAACAAAUUCCAAGCUAUGCAAAAUUCCUCAAAGACCUUUGUACAAAUAAGAGAAAAUUCAAGGAGCAUGAAACCGUGGCCUUGAGUAAAGAAGUCUCAGCUGUGCUAUUGCGUAAAUUGCCUCCUAAACUAAAGGAUCCAGAGAGUGAGCUUAAGAAGACUUCCGUGAGCAUACAAUUGGCUGAUCGAUCAAUCAAGUAUCCUAAGGGAGUGUUGGAAGACGUUUUGGUCAAGGUGAAUGAGCUAAUUUUUCCAACUGACUUUCUAGUGCUCGAGAUGGAGGAAGUUCCUAUUCCUGGAAAAGACCUUCCAUUGAUUCUAGGACGUCCAUUCAUGAGAACAGCAAGGACAAAAAUUGAUGUGUAUGAAGGCACUCUCACAAUGGCAUUCGAUGAGGAAACCGUGGAGUUUAAGGUAUUUGCUGCUUUAAAAUAUCCUAACGAUGAUCAUGCUUGUUUUUCCAUAGAUGUACUUGAACAAAUGGUACAAGAAACAUUUAGUGCAUCACAAGGAGAGACGCCAUUGGAGAGGGCACUCAUCCAAAGCCCCGAAACAGUGAAUAAAGAAGGGAACAUAGAUGUACUUGAAGCUGUGAAUAUACUUGAGGCCUUGCCUCCCCAAAGAGGUGACAAAAAGACGCUGCCUGUGAUCAUUGCUUCUAAUUUGAGUGCAUCCGAAGAAGACAAACUAAUUCGAGUUCUAAGGGAGCACAAGACUGCCCUAGGUUGGACCAUUGCAAACAUCAGAGGAAUAAGCCCUACAAAGUGCAUGCAUAGGAUCCUUUUGGAAGAAGAAUCGAAACCUACAAGGGAAGCCCAAAGGAGGCUGAAUCCGGUGAUGAAAGAAGUCGUUAAGAAGGAAGUUUUGAAGCUUUUGGACGUGGGAAUUAUAUACCCCAUUUCGGAUAGCAAGUGGGUGAGUCCCGUCCAAGUUGUUCCCAAGAAAUCCGGAAUUACCGUUGUGAAGAAUGAAGACAAUGAGUUGGUGCCUCAAAGAAUUCAAACGGGUUGGAGAGUAUGCAUAGAUUAUAGAAAGCUCAAUACCACGACACGUAAGGAUCACUUUCCGUUACCAUUUAUUGAUCAAAUGCUUGAGCGUCUUGCAGGUCAUAGUCAUUAUUGCUUCUUGGAUGGAUACUCCGAAUACAAUCAAAUUGCCAUAGCUCCGGAAGAUCAAGAAAAGACCACCUUCACUUGUCCAUUUGGUACGUUUGCUUAUAGGCGUAUGCCUUUUGGUUUAUGUAACGCACCUGCCACUUUUCAACGUUGCAUGAUGUCAAUUUUUUCUGAUAUGGUGGAGGAGAUAAUAGAGGUAUUUAUGGAUGAUUUUUCAGUUUUUGGUGAUUCUUUUGAUAUUUGUCUUCACAACCUCUCUCUAGUGUUGAAAAGGUGUCAGGAAUGCAAUUUAGUGCUCAAUUGGGAGAAGUGUCACUUCAUGGUACAGCAAGGUAUUGUAUUAGGUCACAUUAUCUCUUGUAGGGGAAUUGAAGUGGACAAGGCAAAAAUCGAUGUUGUGAGAAGCUUGCAACCCCCCACAACCGUGAAGGAGAUUAGGUCAUUCCUAGGACAUGCAGGGUUCUAUAGGCGUUUCAUCAAGGACUUUUCAAAAAUAUCAAGGCCCCUAUGUCGAUUGCUUGGCAAAGAUGUGGAAUUCGAGUUUAAUGAAGAGUGCUUGGCUGCAUUUAACAAGCUUAAGGAGCUUUUAACGUCUGCCCCUAUUAUACAACCUCCAAAUUGGAAUUUUCCCUUCGAGUUGAUGUGUGACGCCUCGGAUUAUGCAGUGGGGGCUGUACUUGGACAAAAAGUGCACAACGUACCACAUGCCAUCUAUUAUGCCUCCCGGACUUUGAAUGAUGCUCAGUUGAAUUACUCAACUACGGAAAAGGAGUUGCUUGCUAUUAUUUUUGCUUUAGAGAAAUUUAGAUCAUAUCUUAUUGGCACUAAAGUAAUUGUAUUCUCUGAUCAUGCAGCGCUUAGAGACAAGAAAGGGAGUGAAAACGUGGUGGUUGACCAUUUGAGUAGGCUUGUGCAAGGAUCCAAUGAAGAAGAGGACGUGCUUCCUUUACGUGAAAGUUUCCCCGAUGAGCAACUCUUCACCCUCAAAGCCAAGGACCCUUGGUACGCUGACAUUAUCAAUUACAAGGCUUCAAAACUGAUUCCGGAGGAUCUCACUCGAGCUCAAAAGGAUAAGCUUGUCAAAACGAGUAAGUAA